UCUUUAUCAAAAACCCUAGCCCUUUCUGCUGGGGGUUUUCUUCAUAAUCUUCUCUCACUCACACACACACACACUCACAUAAAUUCAGGUGAUGACGACGUCGUUUGGAGCUGCGAACACGGCGAUCGCCAACACCUCGAGGCUUCGAAGUCAGAAAUGUGAUGGCUUGAAGAACUCUCCUCAUUCAAUUUUGUUGAACAAGCGCGUCCAUGUGUUUUCUUUCUCAUCUCCCAAGUCACCUUCCAUCAUCAGAGCCGUUUCUACGCCAGUGAAGCCAGAGACUUCCGCUGAGCCUAAGCGUAGUAAGGUGGAAAUAUUCAAAGAACAAAGUAACUUUAUAAGAUACCCUCUUAGUGAGGAGUUGUUAACAGAUGCCCAAAACGUCAAUGAGGCUGCUACACAACUGAUCAAGUUCCAUGGAAGUUAUCAACAGACUAACAGAGAUGAACGUGGUACAAGGUCUUACACAUUUAUGCUUCGUACCAAGAACCCUUGUGGAAAGGUUUCAAACAAACUUUACUUGACCAUGGAUGAUCUUGCUGAUCAGUUUGGCAUUGGAACACUUCGUUUGACUACCAGACAAACAUUUCAGCUCCAUGGUGUCUUAAAGAAAGACCUAAAGACUGUGAUGAGUGCCAUCAUUAGAAGCAUGGGUUCAACUCUUGGUGCCUGUGGAGAUCUCAACAGAAAUGUUCUUGCUCCGGCAGCCCCACUUUUUAGAAAAGAUUAUAUAUUUGCACAACAAACUGCUGAAAACAUAGCUGCACUUUUGACUCCUCAGUCUGGCUUUUACUAUGACAUGUGGGUGGAUGGGGAGAGAAUUAUGUCAGCAGAACCUCCUGAAGUAACAAAGGCUCGCAAUGACAAUUCUCAUGGAACAAAUUUUCCGGAUUCGCCUGAGCCUAUCUAUGGAACUCAGUUCUUGCCAAGGAAGUUCAAAGUCGCAGUUACUGUUCCUGAAGAUAACUCAGUGGAUAUUCUCACAAAUGAUAUCGGUGUUGUUGUUGUGUCUGAUGACAAUGGGGAGCCUAAGGGUUUUAACCUAUAUGUGGGUGGUGGUAUGGGAAGAACUCAUAGGAUUGAAACCACUUUUGCUCGAAUAGCGGAGCCAUUGGGUUACGUGCCAAAAGAGGAUAUAUUGUAUGCAGUGAAAGCUAUUGUUGUUACACAAAGGGAAAAUGGGAGAAGAGAUGAUCGUAAGUAUAGCAGGAUGAAAUACUUAAUCAGUUCUUGGGGAAUUGAGAAGUUUAGAACUGUUGUUGAACAAUACUAUGGGAAGAAAUUUGAACCUUGUCAUGAGCUGCCUGAGUGGGAAUUCAAAAGUUAUUUGGGAUGGCAUGAGCAGGGAGAUGGUGGUUUAUUUUGUGGGCUCCAUGUUGAUAAUGGCCGUGUCAAAGGGACUAUGAAGACGACAUUGAGGGAGAUUAUUGAGAAGUAUAACUUGAACGUGCGUAUCACGCCAAACCAGAACAUUAUAUUGUGCGACAUCCGCCGUGCAUGGAAGCGGCCUAUCACCACUGCUCUUGCACAGGGUGGGCUGCUGCAACCUAGGUAUGUUGAUCCCCUUAACAUAACUUCGAUGGCAUGCCCUGCUUUGCCACUUUGCCCUCUGGCAAUUACUGAAGCUGAGCGUGGAAUACCGGACAUCCUUAAGCGAGUUCGAGCUGUUUUCGAGAAGGUUGGUCUCAAGUAUAAUGAAUCUGUGGUGAUAAGGGUUACCGGUUGCCCUAAUGGUUGUGCAAGACCCUACAUGGCUGAACUUGGAUUGGUCGGUGAUGGUCCCAAUAGUUAUCAGAUCUGGCUUGGGGGGACACCGAAUCAAACCUCGCUGGCUAAGACCUUCAUGAAUAAAGUUAAAAUUCACGAUUUUGAGAAAGUUUUGGAGCCUUUAUUUUAUUAUUGGAGAAGGAAGCGGCAAUCAAAAGAAUCAUUUGGCAACUUCACAACCCGCAUGGGAUUUGAGAAACUUCAAGAGCUGGUUGACAAGUGGGAGGGUGUGCCAGAGUCAUGGUCUCGGUACAAUUUGAAGCUUUUUGCCGAUAAGGAGACGUAUGAAGCAAUGGAGGAACUAGCAAGGCUUGAAGAUAAGAGUGCUCACCAAUUGGCUAUGCAAGUUAUUCGCAAUUUUGUUGUCUCCCAGAAAAAUGGCAAAAGUGUAUGAAGUAGCCAUGGAAGCCAUUUGCGAUUAUGUUCCCCCCCCCCUCCAAAAAAAGCAAGAUUUGCAAAAAUGAGCAAGUCUUCUCUGUGUCUGAAUGUCAUUGCGUGUACGCUCUUACUGCUCGGUAACAGCUGAAACAAGUGGAGGAUUUUUACAUCUUUAUGUAUCUAGGUUUCUGGGUGUUUAAGCUGGAUGCAGGCCUGGAUUUUGUAGCUGAGUUUCUCGAAGAAUUUUUUCUCUCAUGUGCCGAUAUUAAAUCUGGAAAUUGAUUAUUCUAGAGUUUUGAGUAUUGCUGAAUGGAAAUUUGUUCUUUACUGGGUGGCACAAGUUCUUCCCUAUUAACGGCAGUCAAUGAGUACUUUAAGAAACAGCUUUUAUACGAAGGAAUGCGCAAGUUUCAUGAAUUUGCACCUCAACUCACAACCAUUUUCCAGUUUAUGUGCUUUUGCUAUUCUUCAUGAUAGUCUGCACUUACAAUUUCUCUUUUCAGUCUGUAUUUGUGUCUUAGCGUCAAAUUAUAUAUAUAUAUUUUU